UCUUCUUCUUCUUCUUGUCUUCACCGUCUCUUAACGACGGUUGCACUUUUAGAUUAUCCGUUAAACCUCUCUGCUUUAACAUCUCGUUCUCUUUUCGCUCUCUUUACGAGAAGAACUCCGUUCUCGAGAAAGCUAGUAGCUUCAGACGAUUUCAUCGAAAGAUCUCGAUCAGUCUCUUCCUAUUUCUCCCCUGCUUCGCAAACCCUAGGGAAAGACAAUGAAGUUUGAUUUCACUCUUCAAUUUUGAUCUUCUGGAACAGGUUUUGUUGGAGCUAACCAAAGAGACAAAAGAAAGAUGUCGAGGCCGAUCAUGCUUGUCUUUCUACUGGUUAUACUUAUAGUCACUUCUCAGUUUGAAUGGAGGCAACCGCUACUUGAGCUUGAUGCUGCUCCUAGCUUGUCUCAGAAACACCAGCAGAUUGCAAAGAGGGAAGAUGCUGUCAAAGAGAAGAUCAUCUUGUCACAAGAGAGACAUAUCCAGAGGCUAAAUGAGCUUGUACGAACUCUUCAAAUGCAGUUGCUGCGUUGCAAAGGACAAGAGAACCAGACAAGAAACGCCACUGAAACCUCCCGUCUCAGCAAGCAGCAGUUCAUUGAGCUCGAGAGGAAACACAUUGUGGAAGACUAGUUUUUCAUCCCAUUACAACAACUCUUAUAAAUAACAUGAAUGGUGCACGUAAACGCGGUAGGAAAAAAAAAACUGAAAAUUCCUCUCUAAAGUUCCAAACUGCAAACUGUUGUAUUUUAUUUAUGUUGUGUUAACAUGUUCCUGCAAAUUUGAUCACAAGGAUUGUCUUAAUCUUAUGACGAAGAUUGAGAUAUUCAAAUUGUAAUCAGAGAAUUUGGGUACUUGUAGUAUCUUUUCAUAUGGCUUGAUGGUAUUAUUAGCUAA